GUGCAUGUGUUGUUAAGAGUGACACUUGAGUUUUGUUCUGUCUGUCAGAUCGGCUUGUACGAAGUAUGAGGCUCUCAUGCAAGAACACGGGAGCAACGCAGCAAACGAACAUCUUGGCAGUGAACGAUCGAGGGGAGCACUUUCGGAGACUCUUCCUCGGUUUUCAGCAUCGCCCAGGAUUUUGAGGAGCGAAGGUUCCUUCCCACAUUUUGUAAACAAUGACGAUGCUCGGAAGGUGGAGGGUGAUGUGGAAGCCGAUGGGGAUGCAUUGUCCGAAAGAUAUAAUGGGCGGCUAAGUAUUGAAGAUUCAAAUGGAAGCGAAUCAACUGUGCGAGCAGAUGCAAUUGGAUGGCAUGUGGAGGAAGAUGAUUGGACAGGAACAGCACAUUUCCCAAUGCGUGAAGUGGUGAGGAGGAGGGAGUGGAGUGGUCGACGACGGCACAGUUUCAGUGGAGGAGGAGAUUCUGUUCGACAGUUGGGCAAUGACAAAGACAGUGUGGGAGCUGUCCCUGGAUCUGAAACCGGAAGGAAUCGAAGUUGCGAGCUGGAGUAUACAGGCGACUUCACAUGCGAUGUGCGAGAUGAAGAUGAGGAAGGUACAAGGGAUUUAGGGAUCGGCAACGAGAAAGGAAAUGACCGAUCCGCAGGGGUGGAGCAGAGCUAUGGUGGGAUCGGGGCUAUGGCGCGGGAAGAGGAGCGGGAGGAGGGGAAGGAGGAACGGGGGGGAAAGCAGGAGAAGCAGCGGGAGGAGCAGCAAGAGGGGGAGCGGGAGAGGGAGAAGGAGAGGGAGGAGGAGAGGGAGAAGGAGAGGGAGGAGGAGUGGGAGAAGGAGCGGGAGCGGGGCUAUGGUGGGAUCUUUGUCACGUUGUUUGGCAGAGGAGGAGCGGGAGGAGGAGCGGGAGGAGGAGCGGGAGGAGGAGCGGGAGGAGGAGCGGGAGAAGGAGGGGGAGAAGGAGGGGGAGGGGAUUCAGGAUGGGGUUGCAUCUCACAGCCCCCUACUCCAUACUCUCCUUCUCAUUUUGUACAUUCGAAGGCUGCUCAAAGAUGUGAUGGACGAGGGAGGAUCAAGGCAGGAGGAGGGAGGAGGAAGAGGGAGAAAGACAUUUGGGGCAUGUGGCACAUGUGCGCUCAGAGCAGGAAGGGUGGGAGAAAGAGGGAGGAUGAAGAGGGAGAAGCAUGUUUGGGCCGAUCGCAACAAAGGAGGCAGCAUGAGGAGCAGCGAGGACGAGGAGGAACAACGAAAAAGAGGAGCGAGGGGACGAUGAGAAUGGAGGAAAGAGGAGGAGGAUGGAACAAAAAGAGAAAGAGGGACGAAAAGGAGGAGGGCGAUAAGCAUGGCAGACAACGAGAAUUCAUGGAGGAGGGGAGAGGAUGUAGGGAGGAGGUUUGCAGGGGGAGGAGGACAUCAGGCAAGGGGGAGGACGACGUCGGAAGAGAGGUUGGAGGAGGUCACGCUAUGGGGAGGAGUUUGUGCGAGCGGAGGAGGGGGCCACGAGGGAGGACGAGGAGGUCGCACAAGGGGGAGGAAAUAUGUGCUCUUGAGUCAGUUGAUGACGACAUCCGCAUUCAAUUUGCCUAAGUUCAUAUUUUACCUGAGUGUAAUGCCGAG